GCAAGACCGUCUCAAAAAAAAAAAAACCAGCAACUUGUGUUACCAUGUUAAACUCAUUUAAUCUUUACAGUGAUGUAUGAGGUGCAUACUGUUAUUACCCCUAUCUUGAUGAUAGGGACAGAGAGGCUAAGUAGUAUGCCUGAGAUCACACAGCUACUGCAAGAGGCUCUCAGGAUUUGCAUCCACCUGGUCCAUCUGGCUCCAGCAUCUAUAUGCUUUUUUUUUGUUGGUUUGUUUUUGAGACGGAGUUUUGCUCUUGUUGCCCAGGCUGGAGUGCAGUGGCACAAUUUCGGCUCACCACAACCUCCGCCUCCCGGGUUCAAGCGAUUCUCCUGCCUCAGCCUCCUGAGUAGCUGGGAUUACAGGCACCCACCACCACGCCGGGCUAAUUUUGUAUUUUUGGUAGAGACAGGGUUUCUCCAUGUUGGUCAGGCUGGUCUCGAACUCCCCACCUCAGGUGAUCCGCCUGCCUUGGCCUCCCAAAGUGCUGGGAUUACAGGCGUGAGCCACCAUGCCUGGCCAGCAUCUAUAUACUAAACCCUACCCGCAACUGCCUCUGUCUUGGGGUCAGGGUUCUUGAACGGUCUGGGCCAGCCUGAGUUAGGAGUGGGAAGAGGAAGAGGAGGCAUGCGCCCAAGUGUUCUUCCCGCCUGACCGAGUUCUCCAGCGCCUGUGAGGAAGGUGGGCACUGCUGUCACCCUGUUUCCCAGGAAGCCAGCAGGCCCAGGGAGAUACUGGGAUUUGUCAAAGGCUCACAGCGAGCAAGCAGCAGUGGGUGCUGGCCCCUCGACACCCAGCCUGGCACACACUGUCUCUGAGCAGACCUGGGAGAGGGCAUGUGAAACCCACCUGGCCAUGGCUGGAAGAGAAGUGGGGGAGUGGAAAUGAAAAGUGGGGACCAGGAGGAGCUGCCCAUGUGCCCCUCCACAGUUCCAGGAUGGCGCUUUCAUGCUGGGAGUGAGCUUGCCCUGUACCAGGCUGACAUCGAGGCAUUUUCCAUUCAACAACUGUUUCUCAGACAAGGUGCAGGCAGGUUAGCUCUCCCAGACCACUCAAGUAGUAAGGAAAUAGAUUUAAACCCUGACAGUUUGGCUCCGCGGCUGAGGCCCAGAGAGGGGUAGUGACAAUCCCAGGGUCACACAGCCACAGUCCCAGAGCUAGGAACUGCUGGCUAGGGCAAGCAGAGAGCUGACUCCUAGCCAACUGGGGGUGGAGCAGAGGUGGAGCCAGGGAGACCCAGGUGGCCUCUCUGAGAGCGGAGCACAGGCGGCAGAGUGGCCCGGGGCAGCAUGAAGUGGAGCUGGGGCCCAGUGCUGCUCUUCGCGGGUGCCACGGUCCUCAUGGAGGGUCUUCAAGCCGCUCAGCGUGCCUGUGGACAGCGUGGCCCCGGUCCCCCCAAGCCUCAGGAGGGCAACACAGUCCCCGGCGAGUGGCCUUGGCAGGCCAGUGUGAGGAGGCAGGGAGCCCACAUCUGCAGCGGCUCCCUGGUGGCGGACACCUGGGUCCUCACCGCUGCCCACUGCUUUGAAAAGGCAGCAGCGAUAGAACUGAACUCCUGGUCAGUGGUCCUGGGUUCUCUGCAGCGUGAGGGACUCAGCCCUGGGGCCGAAGAGGUGGGGGUGGCUGCCCUGCAGUUGCCCAGGGCCUAUAACCACUAUAGCCAGGGCUCAGACCUGGCCCUGCUGCAGCUCACCCACCCCGUGACCCACACACCCCUCUGCCUGCCCCAGCCUGCCCAUCGCUUCCCCUUUGGAGCCUCCUGCUGGGCCACUGGCUGGGAUCAGGACACCGGUGAUGGUAAGUGCCGGCCCAGACUGAAGCUCGGAGAGGCACUCUGCUUGCCCAAUGUCACCGUCUCAGCUCCCAACUGUCCUGGCUUCCAGUCUCCCUUGCUUCUCAGAUCCCAGACUCCAGCCCCAGCCUCGUCUCUUUCAUUAGCUCCUGAGACCCUACGGAAUCUGCGCCUGCGUCUCAUCAGUCGCCCCACAUGUAACUGCAUCUACAACCAGCUGCACCAGCGACACCUAUCCAACCCGGCCCGGCCUGGGAUGCUAUGUGGGGGCCCCCAGCCUGGGGUGCAGGGGCCCUGUCAGGGAGAUUCCGGGGGCCCUGUGCUGUGCCUCGAGCCCGAUGGACACUGGGUUCAGGCUGGCAUCAUCAGCUUUGCAUCAAGCUGUGCCCAGGAGGACGCUCCUGUGCUGCUGACCAACAUAGCUGCUCACAGUUCCUGGUUGCAGGCUCGAGUUCAGGGGGCGGCUUUCCUGGCCCAGAGCCCAGAGACCCCAGAGAUGAGUGAUGAGGACAGCUGUGUAGCCUGUGGAUCCUUGAGGACAGCAGGUCCCCAGGCAGGAGCACCCUCCCCAUGGCCCUGGGAUGCCAGACUGAUGCACCAGGGGCAGCUGGCCUGUGGCGGAGCCCUGGUGUCAGAGGAGGCGGUGCUGACUGCUGCCCACUGCUUCAUCGGGCGCCAGGCCCCAGAGGAAUGGAGCGUAGGGCUGGGGACCAGACCGGAGGAGUGGGGCCUGAAGCAGCUCAUCCUGCAUGGGGCCUACACCCACCCCGAGGGGGGCUACGACGUGGCCCUCCUGCUGCUGGCCCAGCCUGUGACACUGGGCGCCAGCCUGCGGCCCCUCUGCCUGCCCUAUGCUGACCACCACCUGCCUGACGGGGAGCGCGGCUGGGUCCUGGGACGGGCCCGCCCAGGAGCAGGCAUCAGCUCCCCCCAGACAGUGCCUGUGACCCUCCUGGGGCCUAGGGCCUGCAGCCGGCUGCAUACAGCUCCUGGGGCUGACGGCAGCACUAUUCUGCCGGGGAUGGUGUGUACCAGUGCUGUGGGUGAGCUGCCCAGCUGUGAGGGCCUGUCUGGGGCACCACUGGUGCAUGAGGUGAGGGGCACGUGGUUCCUGGCCGGGCUGCACAGCUUCGGAGAUGCUUGCCAAGGCCCCGCCAGGCCGGCGGUCUUCACCGCGCUCCCUGCCUAUGAGGACUGGGUCAGCAGUUUGGACUGGCAAGUCUACUUCGCCGAGGAGCCAGAGCCCGAGGCCGAGCCUGGAAGCUGCCUGGCCAACAUGAGUAUGUGGCCCUGGGACCUCCUGCCAAACCCUGCCUCUCCAGGACCCUUCUCUCUCCAGUGAGGGGGCCAACCAGCCAGCUGCUGACAGGGGACCUGGCCGUUCUCAGGACAAGAGAAUGCAGACAGGCAAACAGCAUUACUGCCCCUGCCCUCCCACCUUGCCAUGUGUGAUUCCAGGCCCCAGGGCAGGCCCAGGAGCCCAGCAGCUGUGGGAAGGAACCUGCCUGGGGCCACAGGUGCCCACUCCCCACCCUGCAGGACAGCGGUGUCUGUGGACACUCCCACGCCCAGCUCUGCUCCCACACAGGCGUCCCAGCUUUCCUCCUCCUUUACCCUUUCAGAUACAAUCACAUCAGCCAUGUGUUUUGAAAAUUUCUUUUUUGGGGGGGCAGCAGUUUUCCUUUUUUUAAACUUAAAUAAAUUGUUACAAAAUAGA